CGGCUACUCGUCGCCUUCCCAAAUCCCAACCCGAUCCGAUCCGAUCCCCUCCCUGUCCGUCGCAUUUCAUCUCCCUCCCGCCGCCGCGAAAUCCGUCGCUGCAAACGCAACUCCGCACUCCCAACCGCGGGUGGAGCCUAGAUCCUUUGCCGCUCGUGCUCCGUGGCCUCCCUGCACUCCCAACCGCCGCCGGUGCUCUGCCGUCGCCAUAUCUGAGAGAGACGGCCGGACGAGGCCCUCCUCCGCGACAUCUCGACGUCGAGAGGUCGAUUCGGUGGCGGCCGCUGGUCCGCGGCUUCCAGCCAGGGCGGCGGUUUCCAGGGAAGGCUCAUAUUUUUUUUAACUUAAUCGGUUCGAUUGCUCUAGUGCCUAAAUCGAACCUUUCCUUGUUUAUUAUCCCCUCGAUUCGUUUUGCAUCCACAUUGGAGCUGCCGUUCUGGCACCGGACUCGGUAACCGAGCACCAUAAAGAUUCACCCAGCUCCACAUAUCCCUGCUACCGUGGCGUACUGAUUCUCACGGCAGAAACCUGACCCGUGAUUGCUGCACGAGCGGCAGAGGGGGCGAGGAGCCAUAGGGUGCGGAGACUUGGCUUGAUUGUUGGGGCGACGGACAUGGGGAUACUGGAGCAGAUGAAGGCUCUGUCCGUCGAGGGGCAGCCUCAAGUCCAGAUAACUCGUGAUGGAUCAAAUUGUUCGGCAUCUCAAAUAAUGGUAUCACCUAGUCUAGAAGGAGAUAUUUCGCAUUGCGUCGAAACAAUGGGAUCACAGGUCCAGCUUCCAGAGGACAUUCUUCAUCAAAUACACGCCCUCAUGCCAUUGCGAGAUGCUGCUCAGGCCGCCUGCGUGUCUCGUGGUUUUCUGCGUUCUUGGAGAUGCUUUCCAAAUCUCAUUAUUUCUGUUGAUUCUCUAGGGAUUAAUGAAAACACAUCUAAUGAUGAAAUAAAAAGGGAUUUCGUAUGUAGAGUUGACCACAUUAUGCAGAAUCACUCUAGCAUGGGAGUGAAGAGGUUUGUAAUGGGAACCUACCCUUGUUCGAAGCUCCAACCUAGUUAUGUUGACCGCUGGCUUCAAUGUGCCAUUACACCUGGGAUCAAAGAAAUCUAUCUAUCAAUGUUAAGUUGUGGGAUAAAGUACAACUUCCCAGGAUUACUUUUAUUUAGUAGGGAGAUAAGAAGCUCCAUCCAGACUUUUGUGCUUGGGGGUUGUUCUUUUCGCUGUGCAGCCCAAGUUGGUUAUAUGAGUAGCCUGACAAAUUUGGAAUUGCAUUCAGUACACAUUACUGGAGAAGAACUAUAUGGUUUUCUAUCCAAUUCUUGUGCUGUGGAGGAACUAAGGCUUAGCAACUGCAAUGAUAUAAUUUGCUUGAAGAUACCUUGUCUGCUGCAGAAGCUUGAUAUCCUGGAUGUGGUGGGUUGCAGUAAGCUGGAAAUGAUUGACAGCAAUGCCCCUAACCUCUCCACUUUCUUCUUUGCUGGGCGCCCAAUACAUAUCUUGCUUGGCGAAGCAUUGCAAGUGAGAAAAAUAAGUUUUUUCCGUGACUAUUCACCUGAUGCGCUAUAUUAUGCUAGUACCAAAUUUCCAUUCAUCGCGCCAAAUCUCCAAACUCUUGUGCUAUCAACAAGUGAUGAGACAGUCAAUACACCAAAGGUGUUUGGCAAAUUCAUCCAGCUCAAGUACUUGGAGAUAUGGGUCUCUACAUCAACGUUCUCCCAAGACUAUGAUCUCUGCUCUCUUAUUUCUUUUCUUGAUGCUUCUCCUGCCUUGGAGUCUCUCAUUGUACGGAUUGCGCAGCCGACAAUAAGGCGAGAUUCAGUUAUUGAAGACUCAAAUGGCUACUCACGUCCACAGUGCCUUCAAGAACAGUGCCAUGACAACCUCAAGAAUGUGAUGAUAACCGGCUUUUGCUCUGCGAAGAGCAUGAUUGAGCUCACGAUCUGUAUUAUCGAGAAAUCAAAGGCACUGGCGUGCCUUACACUAGACACUACCCGUGGGUACGAUAGGAGGCUUGUCAAGUUUGAUAAGUGCCUGCAGCUGGGUAAGGAGGCACUUGUGGAGGCUAAAAGGGCCCGCGUUGCCAUUCAGAGAUACAUCGAGGGGAGAGUGCCCCCAGCUGUGAACCUGAAAGUCAUCGAGCCAUGUAGCAAGUGUAUAUGGUGACAAAUGUUAGGUGUUUUUCCUUUUCUUAAGCUAUGAUUCACAUAGCUUUGCUACUCUCCCUCGUUUAGCUAGUGCUAAUCUCCGUAAUUCUGCCAGAAAGUAUGGUUGUCAAAUCUUUUUUUUUUAUUUAGCAUGUUGGAGAAGUUUUCCAAAUAACCAAGUUCAGGGGGAAAAUCUGCAAUAUUUCAAUAUUUUGUGGGUCCGAUAAAUUUAUUUACUGAAACUCCAUGUAAAUAAAUCUAUCUCAUGUGUUAAAGUUGUGGUAUAUCGUC